CGUACGCACCGUUUUAUGCUGAUAUAAAUAAACGUGACCUUUUACACUAUUGAUUAUCAUCAUGUUGAUAUUUGUGUAUGGAACAUUAAAAUCCGGUGAACCAAACUACAAUUUAAUGCAAGAUGAGACAAGCGGCAUGUGCAUACCACGCGGAGUUGCUUAUACAAAGCAGAAAUAUCCCCUAGUAGUGGCAUCAAGAUAUAACGUACCGUACUUACUGGAUAAACCAGGAAUUGGACAUAAUGUUCAAGGAGAACUAUAUGAAGUUGAUGAUGCUCAAUUAGAACGACUUGACAGGCUAGAAAAUCAUCCAAAGUUUUAUAUCCGAAAAGAUGUUGUCGUAACAAGGAACAAAGAUGACACAAGUUCAGGGGAAAACAUUGCGGCACAAGCUUACUUUCUUGUGAACUUUAGACCGCAUUUGUUAGAACUAUCAAUGCUUGAGAGUUAUAAAGACAUGAUUGAUGGGAAAAAGUACAGCAAACACAAGGAUCGUGAUGUUCAAGCUCCUCUGUGGUGGUAUGAAAUACAUACUGACUAUGAAAAAGAAAUAUAAGUGUUGAAACAAUGAAUUACCUUUAUGCAAUGUUUCUACAUUUUUCUUGUACCAAAGUUAGGUUGUUGUCUUCUAAAACAUUUUACACUGCUAUAAUGAUAAUAUUACAUCGGGUUGAAUUACUGAUAUGUGUUGUGUUACGAAUAAACAUGAUUUAGCAACAAA